CAUCCUACCAUCUGCCUCAAAUAACUACUUAAGUCUACAUACAUACAUCGUUGCAGUCAUCGUACAUACUACGUCAUUAUCAGCUGUACAGACAAUUCUGAAGUGGAGAAACACGUUUGGCAGCAAGCUGGCAAGCAUGAAGUAUGAAGUUUUCUUUCUUAUUUUGGUGCUUGCACAUGAAGCUUCCGCAGCCCUAGAAAUUCGUUGCACAACAGCGUAUUGUACGGAGUAUAUCACCGACACUGGAUGUUCUGAUUUAACUACUGGCUGCCAGGUCCUGAAUUCCACAAAUUAUGGGACUUUUAUGCUAUAUCCCGAUGUUUGUAACUGCUGUGAUUAUUGUCUCACAAAUCUGUAUGAAGGUGACGAAUGCGUUUCAGGCGCACCGGGUCAACUGCCACCCAGUGAAAUUUGUGGACCAGAAUUGGCAUGCACUACAAAAGACGAUGAUCAAGCAACAUGCCAGACAAUGACUACUGAUUGUGCGCUGGAGCGAGUAGCGUAUGAUGAGAAAAGGGACAACGGAACAUUGGGAAGUAGUGAACUACGACCAGAAUGUGAUAACGAUGGCCUUUAUUCAGCAGCACAUUGCAUUCCAGGGUCAAUAUGUUAUUGCAAGGCUCCCACUGGCGAAAGAAUAUUCGGCGAAAUACCUUACUUAAAUCCAUGGAACCAACGAGAAAUGUCUUGCGGAUGCUCCUUAAAUGCCUGGAGAGCACAAAAUACUCUUGAUCCUACAUACCACAUACCUGUUGCCCGUUGCCUAAGCAAUGGUCGAUUUGACCCAGUACAAUGCAUGAAUGGUACCAAUGCUACUUGUUUAUGCAUUGACAGUGUUACUGGAGCACCAAUAACUGAUAUUAGCACGGUCAAUGUUACCAAUUUGGCAGAGGACACUCUCUCUUGCUUUGACUCAACGAUACAUACGAAUGGAACAUAUAAUACAACUUGUGAAGAGGCAUACGAUACGUUGGUUGCUAAUGGAGUCACUGAUAUUGAACUCUUGCCAUCUUGUCAAAUUGAUGGAAAAUACGAGCGAAUUCAAUACUCCGAUUCUAAAAAAAUUUGUGCUGACCCCAAUGGCGUACAAAUAGAUAGUUUCGAAGCUCUAACAAAUGCAACUGAAGCUACAAUAAUGGAUUGCAAUUGUGCCAGAACACGAUGGAUUUUAAGCAAAGCUUCAGUGACUGAGCUCCCUACCUGUUGUGACUUUGGAAAUUUCGAAGCAUGGCAAUGUCGUAGGAAUGAGUGUUUCUGUGUUGAUGAAAAUGGGAAUCAAAUCGGACAUGAAGUUGCUAUCAAUGACUUGAAGGAACUCACUUGUUACAUUACCAAUGGCGGAGAUGCGUGUCUUGUAUCAUGAGCAGGCUCGUAAAUAUUUACGUGUAUAUAGAAUUAUUUAUGUUAUGUCAUAUGUUUUAUUUGAAUUUGUUAAAUAACAAUCGAGUUCGUGUAUAUUGGUUACAAUCACUGUAGUUUAUUAAUAAAUAUAUUGUAUUUAAGA